AUGGAGACAGAAGGAAAGCCUCCAUUGGCACCCAUAGCCAUUGUUGGCAUGUCGUGCCGUCUUUCGGGAAAUGUCUCGACGCUGGAUGACUUCUGGACCUUGAUCUCUCGUUCGCGGGAUGGAUGGUGCCUCAACCCCGAGGCAAGAUUCAACAGCGGUAUUUUCCAUCAUCCGAACCCCCAGAAGAAAGGAUGUUUCAACCAAAAGGGCGGCUAUUUCAUGAGCAACGACUUUUCCCAAUUUGACGCCCCGUUUUUCCAGAUCACCAAACAGGAGGCAACGGCGAUGGACCCGCAGCAAAGACAGCUUUUAGAAUGUACAUACGAAGCUCUCGAAAACGCCGGCAUCCCCAAGGACUCGAUUUCCGGCCGCAACAUGGGUGUCUUUGUUGGCGCCAAAACAUCCGAUUAUCGAUUGGGCCUUCUCCGAGAUUUGGACCAAAUCCCUAUGUUUGAAUCCACGGGAAACCAUCAAUCUAUUCAGGCUGGGCGCAUUUCGUACUAUUUCGAUCUUCGCGGACCCUCUCUUGCCAUUGACACAGCGUGUUCCUCCAGCCUGUCGGCAUUACAUUUAGCUGUGCAGAGUAUAAGAGCCGGCGAGUCCGAUUCGGCAAUUGUUGCUGGGUGCAAUUUGUAUCUAGAACCCGAUGUCUCCGUCUCCAUGUCGAUGCUUGGCCUAUUCAACGACGAAGGAAAAACCUAUGCCUUUGAUCACCGCGCCAAUUCUGGAUUUGCACGUGGAGAGGGUGUUGGCUGUCUCAUCCUGAAGCCGCUGGAUCAAGCGAUCAAAGAUAAUGAUGAGGUUUACUCCAUCAUUGUGAACUCGGGGGUUAAUCAGGAUGGAAAGACAGUUGGAAUGACAAAUCCUAGCGGCGAAGCACAGGAAAGACUUAUUCGCGACGUUUACAGCCGUGCGGGCAUCUCGCCCGAUGAUACCGGCUUUGUAGAGGCCCAUGGCACCGGAACGAAAGUUGGCGAUCCAAUCGAAGCAAAUACCAUCCAUCGAGUCUUCAGCUCUGGCCGCACGAAGCGACAGCCACUGUACAUGGGGUCGAUCAAAACCAACUUCGGCCACCUGGAAAACGCAAGCGGCAUUGUUUCGAUCAUCAAAGCAUCCCUCAUGUUGAAAAAGGGCCUCGUUCUGCCCAACACCAAUUUCGAAAAGGCUAAUGACGCAGUGCCGCUCGCUGACGGCAAGAUCAAAGUCCCGACGACUAUUCGACCAUGGCCUAAGAACAAACGGUUCGUGAGCAUCAACAACUUCGGGUUCGGUGGCUCCAAUGCUCAUGUUGUUCUGGAGAAGCCACCUUUUUCGAUUGCCGAGACAAAUCACGGUAAUCAAGGAGAGGAGGUUCCGCGACUCUUCGUCUUGUCCGCCAACGAAGAAGCUCCAGCAAAGCGCAUGGCAACGCAACUUGGAGUCUAUCUCGAGCGGCACCCAGAGAUAUUCCAGAAGCGGUUAAUUCGAGACAUUGUGUAUACGCUCGGUGAACGAAGGACGCAUCUUCCAUGGCGAAUUGCAAUCACUGCGUCUUCGUGCGACGAGCUUGCAUCGCUCCUUAACGAUGCUGAUUCUCUUCCUAAACGUACAUCGGUGGCCCCUAAGUUGGCCUUUGUCUACACCGGUCAAGGGGCUCAAUGGCCGCAGAUGGGAAGGGAACUUUUGACAAGCCACUCUGUCUUUGCAGCAACUUUCAAAGCUGCAGAUUCGUACCUCCAGCGAAUCGGAGCGGGCUUUUCUUUACUGGAGGAGCUUUCCAAAGGCAAAAAGGACACCAACGUGAGCAAAGCCCAUAUGUCCCAGCCAAUAUGCACGGCGGUCCAACUGGGUCUCACAGACUUGUUGUCGUCGUGGGGUGUUCAACCCUCCAUGGUGACGGGUCAUUCCAGCGGUGAAAUCGCAGCUGCCUAUGCUAUCGGUGCAAUCACCCUGGAGGAAGCCAUGGCCAUCGCCUUUUAUCGUGGUCGAGUCGCGAGUAGUAUCAGCAGUAACUUCCCCGACCUGCGCGGAGGAAUGCUUGCUGCGGGUAUUGACCCUCAAGAAGCAAGAAAGAUGAUCAAACUGCUCGGCCUCAAUGGAAUCUCAGUGGCAUGCGAGAAUUCACCCAGUUCUGUCACGAUUUCUGGAGACGAGGACGAUGUGGAUAGGCUUUCAUGUGAACUAGACGCUCGCGGCGUGUUUAACCGCAAGUUGCAUGUGGACGUCGCCUACCACUCUGCUCACAUGAAACUUGUUGAAGAUGAGUACAUGUCUGUCAUUAAACACAUCAGUCCAAAGGCCAUCGAUGGCGUCGAAUUUUACUCCUCGCUGCUGGGCGGCAAACUAGACUCGACCUUGUCUCUUGGCCCAUCUUACUGGGUCGAGAAUUUGACCAAGCCAGUUCGAUUCUCUUCCGCCAUGAAGGGCCUUUAUAUGGACACAAUGCCAGAUGCCGUGGUGGAAAUAGGACCUCACUCCGCUCUCAAGGGUCCUAUCCAGCAAAUCCUCAAAGGAAUCAACCAGAAGGCAGCAUCCGAAGUCAAAUAUUUCCCCUCGCUUCUUCGCAAUGAGAAUGCCACCGCAGCAGCUCUCAAAUUAGCCGGUAAUCUGUUUACUCAUGGACAUGCCCUUAAAUUUGAGGCCAUCAAUGAGAAAGAUAGUAGCUUGCAGAAGCCAGCUGUCAUUUCCGAUUUUUCUCCCUAUCCGUGGUCCGAUCACAAAUACUGGUUCGACUCGCGAACAGCUAAACAACAUCGCCUCAAACCAUUUGCUCGCCAUGAUCUUCUCGGUGCACUCGAAGACUCAUAUAACGACUCUGAACCCACUUGGCGCAACGUUCUAUCAUCGGAUGAUGUGCCCUGGCUUCGGGACCACAAGAUGCAGUCUUUGACAACUUUUCCGCUGGUCGGAUACAUCUGCAUGGCCAUCGAGGCAGCAUCUCAGAGGGCCCAGCUCCGCGGGAUACAAAAGGAAGAUCUUGCUGGAUACCGUCUUCGGGAGAUCCAAGCCUCCAAAGCGUUGAUUAUUGACGACGGGGCCCAUUAUGAAACCCAUGUUUCUUUGAAGGCAUACGCUGAAGGAACUCGAUCAUACUCGGAUGACUGGGAUGAAUUUCGCAUAUCAUCAUGGACUUCAAGUCGUGGCUGGCAGGAACACUGUCGCGGUCUUAUUGCCAUCAAGAAAGAUCGAUUUGCAAACCCGGUGAAUGAUUCUCGACUGCAGGGCGCUCUCGCUCGCAGAGAAAAGGUUGAAAGUCUCGCUGGUGAUUCAAUUUCAGUGGAGAAAUUCUAUACGGAGCUUCAAUGCCACGGAGCCAGCUACAGCUCAGCAUUCAGGCAUAAAGACGACGGCAAUCUGCAAUACCAUGCAGGGUACUCAUCUUGCAGUGUUGCUGUUCCCGAUACCGCAUCAGGAAUGCCAUAUGCACACGAGACGUCAUCCAUUCUCUCUCCAGCAUUUGCAGAUCUCUUUGUUCAACUCACGUUUGCAAUCCUUGGAGCUGGCCGUGGCAAAAUGGGAUCUCUCUAUAUGCCUUCUGCCAUCCAUGAGAUGGACGUUAGCCCGUCUCUUCCCAACCAGCCCGGUGAGAUGGUCCAGGUGGUGGCACAUGGAUGUCCUGACCCUGCGAAUGCUGGACCAGUGGAAUUUUCUAUCGAUGCCUGGGCUUCUGAUAGAGAUGAGCCCGUCGUUAAACUGAACGGCUUCAGAAUGACGCCUGUGAAUGGUGAAACCGAAGGUGAUCAAGCCCCGCGAUCCCUGUGCUACAAUUUGCAAUGGGAGCCUUUGCAAAUCACCAAUGAAGAUAGCAGUGUAUCUAAUGGCACAGGCUUCGAUGGCGAACAGAAGCACGCCCCUAUGUGCCGGGACGAUGAGCAGAGCAGCCGAACUCCCAAGGCCUCCGAAGAGAGGGUUACCCUUAAUGGCCACCACAAUAACUGUGUACUCAGUACCAAUGGCAAUAACACAGACGAAAAGCAUAUUAAUGGCCACAGUGAUAAGCAGAUCAACGGUCAUGUUGAGAAUGCGUCUCUGGAUUGUGGUCGUCAAGUGAAGAAUUCCGAGUUCAAGGAACAACCCAAUGAAAUUGCCCGGAAGGUCAAUGGCGAGUGCUUGGAGGUGAAUGGUAUCAAUGGACACAUAUCAUCACCAGUGGCAGACAAUGACGAUGCUUCCAUAACCAUCAUUACCAACGACGUCGAAGUAAAUCCGCUCGUGGCCGCGCUGGUCAAUAUCAUCGCCCUUCGGUCUGGAUCAAAACCCCGUCUACAAUCAUUCUCCAACAUCGAAAUCCAGCCAUUAGCGCGAUACAUCUGCCUCGCUGAACUUGAUUAUCCCGUUCUUUAUGGAAUGCCCCCCGAAGUCUUCGAACGGGUCAAAAAGCUCUUGCUCACCUGCUCCUCAGUCCUCUGGGUCACGUCAGGCGCAUAUUCAUCUGCAAGUUAUCCAGGGAGAAACAUCAGCCAGGGACUUCUGCGAACAUUGAGGUCUGAAAUGAACAGUUCGGCAGCCACGCUAGACCUUGAUCCACACUCCGAGCUCGACCCGGCUGACCAGGCGCAUCUCAUUCUCCUCGCUUCCAAAGUAUCUUCCAUUGCAUCCAAUGGAGACGAAACAGUGGACUAUGAAUUCACAGAACAGAACGGAAAACUCAGUGUCCCGCGCAUCGUGGAGCAAGAAAAGAUGAAUCUCGACAUUUUCCGCGAGACGCAGUCAUCAGCCCCAUACCUACAAGAUUUCGACCAGCCAGGCCGUCGGCUCAAGGUAUCCGUUGGCACAUUCGGCGCUUUGGAUUCGCUCUACUGGAAAGACGAGCCCGAGUUGCCUCUUGCGGAUAACGAGGUCGAGAUUAGAAUCACCUACACGGGUAUGAACUUCAAAGAUGUCGUCAUUGCGAUGGGCCAGGUAGCCAGUCCCUACCUCGGCGUCGAAUGCAGUGGUACUAUUUCCCGCCUUGGGUCUGGUGUCACCGGUUUGAAACUUGGCGAUCGCGUGUGCGCCAUGUCCCUGGGCGCCUAUGGCACGUACACCCAUUGCUCUGCAACAAGCGUUGCGCGGAUUCCAGACGACAUGGGCUUCGACGUUGCAGCAUCAAUCCCGGUUGUUUAUAGUACCGCAUACUAUGCUCUCUUCGAGCUUGCACGCAUAGAGCCCGGCGAAAGUAUCCUGAUCCACGCAGCUUCAGGUGGUGUCGGCCAAGCAGCCAUUCAACUUGCCAAGAUGCUUGGGGCUGAGAUCUAUGCAACUGUCGGCAGCACCGAAAAGAAGCAAAUUCUUGUGGACUCGUAUGGCAUCCAGGAAGAUCACAUUUUCUAUAGCAGGGACACCGACUUCGGCCCCGCUAUUAGAGAAGCCACAGGUGGCAAGGGUGUCGACGUGGUGAUUAACUCUCUGGCAGGAGAUCUUUUGCGCGAGUCGUGGCAGUCUUUGGCCUCUUUCGGGCGUUUCAUCGAGAUUGGCAAACGAGAUAUCACUUCGAACACAAGGCUUGAGAUGGCGAAGUUUGAGCAGAAUUGUACCUUCAGUUCGGUUGAUCUGACGCUUCUCGCUGCGGAGCGGCCGAAGAUUAUGAGCCGUGUGUUGAAAGCAGUUAUGCGUCUGCUUGAUGACAAGAUUGUCAAGCCCAUUGGACCCAUUUCGAGUGUUGGCAUUGGCGAAGUUGAGACUGCACUGCGGAGUCUACAGAGUGGUAAAACUCCUGGCAAGAUUGUUGUGAAUCACAUUGUCAACCAGCAGGUCAAGGCCACACAUCCUCCGGCUUCUACUCUUUUAGAGAGCGAUGCCACAUACUUGAUCGUUGGUGGGACUGGAGGUAUCGGUCGCUCUAUCACCAAACGAAUGGUCGAUCGUGGAGCGCGCAACAUUGUUCUUCUGUCUCGCACUGGUUCAUCAACCAAUGAACUGAAGCAACUCAUUUCCGACAGCCAGACAUCUGGUUCCUCGGUGCACAUCAAGCAGUGCGAUGUUGCAGAUAAGGUAGCUGUUGACAUGCUUGUCAAAGAGGUGCAAAAGACGAUGCCUCCAAUCCGAGGUUUCAUCCACGCCGCCAUGGUGCUGAAAGACGUUCUCUUCGAGCAAAUGACUUUCGAAGACUACGAAGCAGUGAUUCGAUCGAAGGUCUACGGCGCGUCAAACUUCCACAACGCUCUCCUCAACAUCCCACUUGACUUCUUCGUCAUGCUGUCUUCGGUCGCCGGUGUUGUAGGCAACAGAGGCCAAGCAGCAUAUGCCGGUGCCAAUACCUAUCUCGACGCACUAGCACACUACCGCCGCCAAAACGGUCUGCCAGCAUCAUCUCUCAACCUGGCUGCUGUUGAGGAUAUCGGAUACUUGGCUGAAAACGCAGAGAAGCAGUCCCAGGUCAUGAGGAACCUAUCCGGCAACGCCAUGGAUGAAGCGGAGGUUCUGGCCUUGGUAGAACAAGCUAUUCUAGGUCAUUCCGGCACCCAAUGCAUCACGGGAUUACACUUCGAGGAUUCAUCUUCAUUGCCCUACUGGGCUUCUGACGGCAAAUUCUCACAUCUUCGAAAUACGGCACUUGCCAAGGCAGCGAAUGAUAAUGCCUCCUCCUCAUCAACAGAAGCUCAAAUAGGGCACAGGGUCCAGCGAGCGUCCUCUCUAGAAGAAGUUCUGGAAAUUGUGACGGUUGGCUUGCAGGAGAAACUAGCUGCCAUUCUCAUGGUGCCUGUUGAGGUUCUUGGGUCACAAAAAUCCAAGGCUUCCAUCACUGCAGCUGGAUUGGAUUCAUUGAAUGCGAUUGAACUGAGGAACUGGAUUGGCAAGGAGCUUCAAGCUCACUUGCAAGUGUUGGAGUUGUUGACGGGUGGUGGUAUAAAGGAUCUGGCCUCAUUGGUUUUGCGGAAGACACGACUUUGUGGUGUUUGGAAGGAGCAAAUGGAGAAGUAA